CUUGGCUGGCGACCAGACCUAUCUACUACUACCUACCAUCUUAACUUGACUACUAAACGAUUUGAAAUUCCCGCGGGUUAGAUUCAAACAUUUUAAAAUUUUAAAAGAGAAGAAGGCAGUCUGCCGCAGAAUUGACAAAUUUGCAUCGGCAAUUGCGGUUGGCUGGGGCGUGUCGUUGGUGAUUUGUUUUUAACGUGUGUGUGGUGUGGUGUGUGUGUGUGAGUGUGUGUGUGUGUUAGUGUCAUUGGCUGCGGAUAAAAAAAAAGAAAUUUCGAUUAGAAAUAAAAAAGGCGAAUUCAUCGAAAAAGAAAAUGGAAUCGGAAAUGGAUCUGCAGCUGAUGCUGCUUCCGGCCGUUGUCGAUCCCUUGGCCAACAACAACAACAACAACAACAACAUUAAUAACAAAAUGGUGGUGGUCAACUGCCGAGACGAGGAGGCCGAAUAUCUCGAGCGAUUGUUGACAGAGAAGAAAAUCGUCGACUCGACGGCCGGAUUGGAUUGGACUCAGAAACUCAUCAAUGCCGAGAUCGAGCGGCUGCUGAGCGGCGGAUCGGUGAAAGACUCUUCAGCCAGUGGCGGAAGCAGCGGCGGCAGCAGCGCCGGCGGAAGCAAAAGAUUCUGCGACGUCACCAAAGACAAGCCCAUCAAAGUCACCGUCAGGACGUCGGUCCCCACUCGAGACCAUCCAAAAUUCAAUUUCGUCGGCAAGCUGUUGGGUCCCAAAGGCAACUCCCUCAAGCGUCUACAAGAAGAGACGCUGACCAAAAUGGCCAUCCUAGGCCGGGGAUCGAUGAGAGACAAACACAAGGAGGAAGAAUAUCGACACUCGCACGAGCCUCGUUACAGGCACCUCAACGACGAUCUGCACGUCGAAAUUACCGCCUACGCCGCUCCCGCCGAAGCUCACGCUCGAAUCGCCCUGGCAUUGACGGAAAUUCGCCGCUUCCUUGUUCCGGAUUACAACGACGAUAUCCGGCAGGAGCAAUUACGUGAAAUGCAAAUGAUGAGCGGCGGUGGAGCUGGUGGCGGUGGUGGCGCCAGCAGCGGAUGUUCCAGCAAUGCAAGUUGCGCCAGCCAGCAAGACGUUGAAGGCCAACAACAACAACAACAACAACAUCUGGCGGCUGUGCGCAGUGUGGCCGGCCUGACGUCUUCGACGCCAAACGUCAUGACGUUAAACAGUUCCCUCCAUCAACAUUUAUCGGCGAUGGCCAAUCAGCAGCAGGGCGGAAUGACGGCGCCAUUACAACGGGCCGUGGCGGCCGCAGCCGCCGCAGCCGCCGCCAAUUAUCCUCCAGUGCUUCCAUUGACGAUGCAUCCGGCUCUCAGGGGUUUGUGCAAACCGUCGCAAAACCUUUCCAUCGGACUCACAGCAGCAGCAGCAGCAGCCGCCGGCGGAACGGCGUCUGCCCUGCUGAAUCGAUACCGACCCAACACGGCGGCGGGAGCCGCUCUGCAAUUGGGCGGCGGUGGCUCGUGCGGGCCCAACGGACUUAUCCAGCAGCACCUGCAACAGCAGCAGCAGCACUACCGCCGUGGAUUGCGUGGCUCCUUCAAGGAUCCGGCCAAUAACGACAAUAACUCGUACGCAGAUGCCAUGGGUCCCGCCAGCGAUCCAGCCGCUGUGGCCGCAGUCGCCGCCUUGGAAUUGUAUCACAGGUAUAAUAUGCAACAGCCGUACGGUAGCGAAGGAUCAGAUGGCGUGGCAUCGCCCGACGACCGUGACGAAACGGCCGAAUCCGAACUUUUGGCAUCGACAAACGGUGUCAUGACGGCCGAUUAUUCACUGCUGGACGGGACGGGAGUCAAUGGCGGACUGAAAUUAACGGCCACCGGGGCCAUGGAUCGCUCCCGCUACCGUCACGAACCCUAUCCGAGGUACCACUCGACCAAAGUUGUCACCUGAACAAAAA